AUGUCAAAGACUGUACAGUUCUAUGGCUCAAAGUUCAUUUGGAAAAAAAAGAAAGUGGUGUUGAUUGUUCUUGUUGCGUUUCUUGGUACCAUUUUAAAGACAUUUGGGAAACUUGGCCAGCAGCGCAUUUCCAAUAUAAUAUUCUAUCCAGAAAAAGAAAACUAUAAAAACACUUCACACCUCUACGUUUAUCUUUUAGUUUCUAUAUUCUAUGCAGUUACGCUCCCAUCUGUCGAUAUAAUCGGCCAUUUUCUUGAAAAUAUCCUAAUUCCCGACGCCUUUUCAUACUUUUAUAAGAAGUUUCUUGAGUAUCGAUUUAUCGACUGGAAAAAAUAUUUACAAAGUGACUUGUAUUCUGCUAUAAUUCGCAGAAGUAAAGGUACUGCACAGUUUUACAAGCAGAUUUUUGUAGAUCUGUCUGACCAUUCUACAUACAUUUUUGUUGGAACAAUAAAACUAGUGGUUCUGUAUGGCUUUCCGCACCACUUUGUUAUAGGGUUUGCUCUGAUUAUCUGCUUUCCAGCCAUUAUAAACAUACUCACGCUACUACGCACACGUUGUCUUAGACGAUCCAACGAGUCCUACGAUAUCGCAGAAAGAAAACUGAAGGACAUUUUUUUAAACUAUGAGAUGAUUCAUACAUACAAUACGUUUGACCAAGAGAUACAUAGCUAUGAAAUGUCCUAUGCAAAGUGGAGAUUUUGGUUCACAACGUACUGGAUCACAGACGACGUCAUUGAAAUAUCCUACAAGGGUCUCAAGGUUGUUCUCCUUCUAAUACUAUUUAUUCAAAUAAGCGAAACAGGAUUGUAUAGCAUUGACCAGGUCAUUGAUCAAAUGAAAACCUUCAACUCUAUUCUUAAGAGGAUGAAUUUGUUUACCACGAGUGUAAAAUCGAUACUAGAGGCAUCUGAAAAUAUGCUUCACAGCAACUUGGAUAAACUGGCGACACCGUAUCGGCUAUCUCUUGAGACAGUGGACAGAUUUGUUUCCAAUGUAUCAAUUGUAGAUAUGAAAGUGCUCUAUGGAGACAAUCUUGUGUUUGAAAAUGUGGACUUGAGGUUUUUGAAGGGUGAAAAAGUUGUUAUUACUGGACCAAAUGGAUCUGGUAAAUCUACGUUUGUCAAAUCACUUUUAGGAAUAGAAAGGUUUGAAGGAAGCGUGCUGGUAGAUGGGAUAGACCGCAAGUUUAUACAUGAAAAAAGCCUCUGCAAUCUCUUUUCAUAUGUGCCUCAAGAGGCGGCAAUAUUUGAGGCUAGCGUGCUGGAUAACAUUGCAUCCUUUGACCGCCAGAAACCUGUUGAGGAGGUUAUGAAUAAAGUUGAGGAAUUUAACAUGCACCAGGAGAUGAAGUCCAUUGGGUACGACACAAUACUUGUUGAGAGAGGCAGAAACAUUAGCUCUGCUCAGAGACAGAAAAUAUGCUUCCUUCGUGCCGUAAUCAAAGAUACGCCUAUUGUGGUGUUCGACGAGAUAACCUCAGAAAUGGAUCAGGAAUACGAAAAGCAAUUGAUUGAACUUAUCCAUACCCGAAUGGCAGACAAAACUGUUGUAAUGAUAAUCCACAACUUGGACUUACUUUCUAAGUUUGAUAAAGUUGUUUUCUUUAAUAAUAAAACAGCAACGGGCUGUUACAGCUGCUCAGAACUGCUGGAGCGUAGUGCAGAAUUUAAGAGCUUCUAUGACAAAGCUCUUUCACAUCAAUUAAACAAAUAA